CAUUUUAUAGAUUUAGAGGCAUUCGCAAUAUGUAUGUUUUUAAGUAUUCGCCAUUUUGACCCAUUUUCUUUGUUCGCUUAAAUUCACUUGGCCAUCUGUUUCUCUAUUCAGGCAUAUUUAAAACCUUUCACCUUAAUUAACAAUACACAUAUACACUAAGAAAAAUUGUUUUCAUUCCUAAACUUGACAAAAGAAUUUGCCACAUACAAUGUGAGACAAAAGAAUUUGGCACAUACAACGUGAUUAUUAUAAUUAGCUGCUUGGUAUUUACAACUGUAAACAAAAAUGUAAGGAAAAUGAAAAAAAAGAAUAGGUGACCCCUUUCCUUAAAAAUAACAUACCCCUUUACUUUUUUCCCUUUACUGUUAUGGAAUCUUAAGAAUCUUAAGUCUUGGUAUCUCACAUUUUUCUUUGAAUUGUAUUUUAAUCUGUUUUUCUGUGUUGUUCCAAAGCUAGUUUUUAAAUACGUUUUGUGGGGCUUAAUGAACAUUUUUCCUGGAUUUAAAAGUUAAGUUAUAUUGACACUUCAUCAUAUCUAAAAUGGAAAUAUGGAAAUUCUUUCAUGGUAUUCCCCUAAAGUUUUACGAGAAAAGUCUGCGUAGGCCAUUCUUAGCUAAUUUUUGGUUUGGUGAUUUCCAACUUGUAGUUUUAUUGCAAGAUCAGUCUAAAAAAUUUUUUUUCAUCUCUUUAUCAGAUAUAUCAUUUUACUGUCUUUUGUACACAUAUCGCUUAACAAUUUUUGUGUUAAUGGAAACCGACCUUAAAAGAAGUUUAAAAAUUGUUAGUAGCCAAAUAUGUUUUUCUGUGCAUCCAACCUAUAUAUGACAAUCAAUAAUUAUGUGUUUUUUAUAGGAAAGAAUAUUUGCAGUAAAAAGGACAUUGAAUUUGCAUCUGUAAAAUAAUGGCAUAUAACGCAAAGGAUAGUGAGUUAUCACAUGUUCAUUUUGAUGGUGUGUUGGUUGAUCUGAUUCUUCCAGAGAUCAACAAAGACAAACUACCAGAUGAAGAUAUUCAAGUACCUGAGUGGGAGCUACCAGCAAAUGACCAAGAUGGUGAACAAAUGACAGAAUCAGUUAAAGAAAAGGAGGAGAAAUGGAACGAUUUGCGCACGACGAAUUUGAGAUAAAUGCAGGACCAACGAGGUGUUAAGUGCAGGACGGACGUGAUGUUAAAUGCAGGACAAACGAGGUGAAGAAGAUGUUGAAUGCGGGACAAAAAAAAUGCUGAAUGCGGGACAAACGAAACGGUAAAGGCAGGACGAACAAGAUGUUACAUACGGAACAAAUAAAUGAGAUGUAAACGCAUGAAUGAGAUGUGUGCAGAACGGACGAAAUGAUAAAUACAGGAAGAAGAAGAAACGUUACGUCACGACUACAAGUUAUUAUAUACAGGGAAAAGUAAAUUUUCACACGUUAAUAAAUAAAUAAUACAUUGUCUGUCGAUAAUUUAUGAAAUAUAAAUGAAAUAAGUUUUAACAAAUAUAAAAAUAAUAUUUCUUUAUUAAUUUGUUAUUAAACAGUAUAGGCAACGUGCUUUACUAGCGUGAACUCAAAAUCUGCAUCUAAAAUCUUGCUCACACUUCUGUUUU